UCAUGUUUGAAAUUAAGAAGAUUUGCUGCAUUGGUGCUGGUUAUGUCGGUGGGCCAACAUGUAGUGUUAUUGCACAGAUGUGUCCCAGUAUCAAAGUUACCGUUGUGGAUGUCAAUGAGGCCAGAAUCAAUGCCUGGAAUUCAGAUACUCUCCCAAUCUACGAGCCAGGGUUAAAAGAAGUAGUAGAAUCCUGUCGAGGAAGAAACCUCUUCUUUUCCACCAGUAUUGAUGAUGCCAUUAGAGAAGCUGAUCUUGUAUUUAUUUCUGUUAACACUCCAACAAAGACCUAUGGGAUGGGGAAAGGCCGAGCGGCUGAUCUGAAGUACAUCGAGGCUUGCGCCAGGCGGAUUGUACAAAAUUCCAAUGGCUAUAAAAUUGUCACUGAGAAGAGCACAGUUCCGGUUCGUGCUGCAGAGAGCAUUCGUCGGAUAUUUGAUGCCAAUACUAAGCCUAACUUGGAUUUGCAGGUGCUAUCUAACCCAGAGUUCCUUGCAGAGGGAACAGCCAUCAAGGACCUGAAGAACCCAGACAGAGUCCUUAUUGGUGGAGAUGAUUCUCCCGAGGGACAGAAAGCCGUCCGUGCUCUCUGUGCUGUUUAUGAGCACUGGGUGCCCAAAGAAAAAAUCCUCACAACCAAUACCUGGUCAUCAGAACUUUCUAAACUGGCAGCUAAUGCUUUCCUUGCCCAAAGAAUCAGCAGCAUUAACUCAAUCAGUGCUCUGUGUGAAGCUACAGGAGCAGAUGUUGAAGAAGUAGCAAGAGCCAUUGGAACAGACCAAAGAAUUGGAAAUAAGUUCCUCAAAGCUAGUGUUGGGUUUGGUGGUAGCUGUUUUCAGAAGGAUGUCUUGAAUUUAGUGUACCUCUGUGAGGCACUGAACUUACCUGAAGUAGCCCGCUACUGGCAACAGGUAAUAGACAUGAAUGAUUACCAGAGAAGAAGAUUUGCUUCCCGCAUUAUUGACAGCUUGUUCAAUACUGUCACUGAUAAGAAGAUAGCCAUUUUAGGGUUUGCAUUCAAAAAGGAUACUGGGGACACAAGAGAGUCAUCCAGUAUCUACAUUAGCAAGUAUUUAAUGGAUGAAGGAGCGAAGCUCCAUAUCUAUGAUCCUAAAGUACCUCAUGAACAAAUCCUCUUGGAUCUCUCGCAUCCAGGUGUCUCGGAAGAUAACCAAGUGUCUCGGUUGGUCACUAUCAGUGAAGAUCCCUAUGAAGCCUGUGAUGGAGCUCAUGCCCUUGUAAUUUGCACUGAAUGGGACAUGUUUAAGGAGUUGGAUUAUGAACGCAUUCAUAAGAAGAUGCUGAAGCCUGCAUUUAUCUUUGAUGGUAGGAGAGUUCUAGAUGAUCUUCACAAUGAGCUACAGGUCAUUGGCUUCCAGAUUGAAACAAUUGGGAAGAAGGUGUCAGCCAAACGAAUUCCUUUUGCUUCUUCAUGUGAAAUUCCUAAAUUCAGUCUGCAGGACCCACCUCUCAAAAAGCCCAGAGUAUAAUGUUUAACAGUAAUUGAGAGAAUUCUGUGGACCUUCUUAGUGAUAAUAACUGUAAGCCUCUGCUUUUUUUAAGGAAAGUAUUUUUCAUAAAUGUAACCAAUUUUACACUAGAAAUGGUACCUGGUACAUGUGAAUUCAAAUCUCUAUUUUUAUAGCAAUUUUUUUUUUUUUGGUUACUGAAGAUGGUACA